CAUAACAAUGCGCCACACAUACAGCGUAGUGAUUGAAUGAAAAUUUAUUGGGGUGUGUGGGUGUUUUUCUUUUCACAUUUUCACAAAAGAUCGAGAACAAGGCGGUUGGUUUUCUGCUCAGUUGGUGUAUUGUCUGUUUAUUAACAGAGAUCGGAUGCUAAAUUGUUGUGAUUUAGUGGCAUAUUUGUGUUUAGAUGUUUAUAUGUGAACACAAAUGUUAGAUGUGUUAUGCCUGGCCCCGAAAAAUUUCUCUUCUCCCCUUUGCGUGGUGUGUUUUUUGCGCGCAUGUCCGCCCAUCCGUUGUGCCGUUGAUGCACGUUGAUGAUAUGGAAAAAAAAAAUCAGUAUGGCGCCUACUGUUUACGACAACUGUGCGUGAGGUUCGUGAUAAUCAUAACCGUGUGCAUUUUUAUUACUCACAGCGAAUCAAGUUUUGAGAAGACAAUUUCAUGUCUUAUUAAUUUUUUACAUACGGACUGUAAUGUAAUACAGUAUUACAUUAUUUGCAGGAAAAAUGAUUGUAAUCAAUUGUUGAAAUGAAACUUUUGAAGAAUGAUGACCCUGUGGUUCACGGUUGAUUGACUUGAGUGUUUAGAAUUCUCUCCUUUAAUUGAAGAAAAUCAUCGAUUCUAAAGCAUAAUAGUAUAUUUAGUGGGAUCAAGUAAGCAACGUUCUUCUUCAUCAUCAAAAAGUUCCAUAUAACACCGUAUUGAGUUUCAACUUCCAUGAGGGAAUGAGUGCAACUGUAGGAGAUGGAGGGGGAGGUGUUAGUCAUCAGAAUAUUCCACGAGGAAAGAAUACAUCUCCACAUGGAUCACCCACCCCCAUGGAUAAAACAACCCUAAAAGUUCAUUUGCCAAAUGGUGGAUUUAAUGUCGUCAAAUUUGGGGAUGCAAUUGAUGUCAAGGGUAUCAUUUCCCUCGUCACAAGUCGAUUAGCCGUCGGCACCAGACAUUAUAGGAAUCUUUACGCUAUGAGGCUACAUCAUUUGGCAUCUAGUGAAUGCUACUGGCUCCAUCAAGACACAACAAUGUUUCAAGUUCAAGAGAAAUAUGAACGAAAACAUCCCCACUCUGAAUGGCGAUAUGAAUUAAGGGUUCGCUAUUUACCUCAAAAUCUUAGUGAUUUAUAUGAAAAAGAUAGAGUAACAUUCUACUACUAUUAUGAUCAGGUGAGAAAUGAUUAUUUAAAUGCAAAUCAUUCGAGCUUGGAUCAAGACACCUCGGUACAGCUCUGUUGUCUUGAAAUUCGUUACUUCUUCAAAGAUAUGCCGCAAGUAGCUUUGGACAAGAAGAGUAACUUGGAAUACCUUGAACGAGAGAUUGGAUUACACAAAUUUCUCCCACGAUCUGUUCUCAAUGGUAUGAAACCAAAAACAUUGCGUAAGCUUAUACAGCAGCAUUUCAAAAAAGUUGCGGUUCUUACUGAAUUGGAGUGUAUGUUCAAAUUUUUUGAUUUGCUGAGAUUACACUAUGGAUUCGAUCAAGAAAGAUUUGUGUGCGCACUUGGGUCAAGCUGGUCAAUACCUGUCGAGCUUAUUAUCGGACCGGAUCUGGGAAUAUCGUGUAUGGCACAUGGUGGUGGAACCACGUCUACACGAAUAGCUGAAUUUUCACAAAUUCAAUCGAUCCAGACUCUCAUCUCAGAUUGCAAAGAACAUGCCAAAGCUUCCAUCAAACUUCGAGUCGCUGGUGCUGCUGAACCAUUGAGUAUUACCUGUUCAAGUUUAGACCAGGCUGAGAGCCUUGCAGAUUUGAUUGAUGGAUAUUGCAGAGUAGUAACUGGAUCAAAUACAUCUUUAUGGAAUCGAAAAGCUGCUCCCUGGAAAAAUUAUCCUUGCCCAUGCAAAGAUGCACAUCCACCCAAGUAUCGUCAAGAUGGUACUGACAGCCCGGAAAAAAAUUCGGGUAAAACAGGAACAAUAGUAUUUGAAGAUUAUGCUGAAAUAAUUGAUGAAGAAGGGGAUUACUCUACUCCUGCAGCCCGUGACUAUGAAAUAGUAAGGAAUCAAGUGGAACUAGGUGAAAUCAUAGGUGAAGGUCAAUUCGGAAAUGUCCACAAAGGUUCUUAUAAGGCAAGAGAUGGACAAAUUACAGCCGUUGCAGUAAAAACUUGCAAAGUUGAUGCAGAUUUGGCAACUGCUGAAAAAUUUUUGGAAGAAGCUUAUAUAAUGCAACAAUUUGAACAUCCGUAUAUCAUUCGACUGAUUGGGGUUUGUUCCGAGGCUCCUAUCUGGCUUGUGAUGGAACUCGCAAGGCUUGGAGAGAUGAGAGCCUAUUUGCAAUCGAAUAAGCAUCGGCUUGACCUUGCAACAUUACUCCUCUACACUUUUCAACUUAGUACGGCACUGUCCUACUUGGAGUGUAAAAAAUUUGUUCAUAGAGAUAUUGCUGCGAGAAAUGUAUUGGUCUCUUCUCACACGUGUGUUAAACUAGCUGAUUUUGGAUUGAGUAGAUGGGUAGAGGAUCAGAGUUAUUAUAUUGCUAGUAAAUGCAAGUUACCUAUUAAGUGGAUGGCACCCGAAAGUAUUAAUUUCCGGAGGUUCACGACCUCUUCAGAUGUUUGGAUGUUUGGUGUUUGUAUGUGGGAAAUAUUGAUGCUUGGUGUUAAACCAUUUCAAGGAAUAAAGAAUAAUGAAGUUAUACGUAAAUUGGAGAAUGGCGAACGCCUUGCUUUACCUGACCGAUGUCCUCCACGAUUAUACUCAUUAAUGUCUCAGUGUUGGAGUUACGAGCCCAGCAAGAGGCCGACGUUCAAAGAUAUUCGGGAAAAUUUACAUGAAAUUUUAUUGGAGGAGAAACAUCAACAGCAAGAAACCAUGAAAAGAGAAAAUCGAAGAGUACAAGCAAUGUCAUGGGGUGCAGAUGAUGCACCACCAAAACCCUCACGUCACCUGCAAUCCUCUGACUCAUCAUCAUCAGCAGCAGCAGCAGCAGCAGCAGCAGCAGCAACAGCAGCAGCAGCACAAACAACAACAGCAGUUGUAGCAGCUGCGGUGGCACCAGUCGUUCCUGUUUCAACUUACAUUGUAGCCCAAAGUCCAGAAGUCCUUGCUCAUUUAAUGAAGGAGAAUCAAGAACGUGGAGUAUGUCCAUCAGUCUACACUACCCCGGCUUCAGCCUUCAACACUUUGGCAGUACAAUUCCAAGAGGAAGAAAAAAUCUUAACCACUGCCCCAGCUUCAGAUCUUCCUUUUUUCAAUUCCCCCUCUGCGAGUCCUCAAGCUGAUAUUCAAUCUCUAGAAAUGCAAUCAGAAGCCAGCCUUGACUCUUUAAAUUCAACCGACACAAUCUCUUCAAUGAUUUCCAAUCUUAGUAUAACAGAAGCGACACCCCAUAAUCUCUUGAAAGUCCAAUCUAAUCAAUAUCCACAGCCGCAGCCUCCGAAAACUAUUAAAGAGAUGCAAAAUGUCCAAAAUUUGUAUGCAGUGAGUUCAAAAGUAUUUAGCAAUGUAGCAUCCGAUCUAUUAUAUUUGCCGGUACAAAAAAUCUCCGGCGUUGCUACAUCAACGCCUGAUAUAUACGCUCCAGUGGCCAAAUUUACACAAAGUUCUACUAUUAUUGGUACAUUUUCUCAAAUGUGUACUUCAGUGGGAAGUAUGUCUGAUACUUGUGGAAAUUCCGGCUCAAUUUCAUUGACUUGUGUGAAUGAUGGUCAAAUUUCUCAAAAUGACUAUCAACCACCUCAAAUACAUAGCCAUGUAUCUCAUCAACUCAAUAGUUCACAUUAUCCAGAAUCUAAAAUGAUCAAUUCAUCGUAUAUUAAAGAAUCAUUGGCUCAUCAUCAGAAUGUCUUCAAGAAUUCACCUGCUGGUGAUCAAUUAGUUUCUAGUUCAACAAAAUUGGAUGUUGGAAGUAUGAUGAGUAGUAGUACAGCUAUAACUGGUACUGAGUGUUUAUACGGGCCGGUUUUGAAGUUUCGAACAGCUCAAACAGCUAAAAAUCAGAGUUCAACUGAUCCAAAACAAAAUCAAUCAGCUGUAUCUCAUGUCCAAAAUAUUCAAUAUAUUCACGAACCUAGAUCAUAUAGUCCAGUGGGUCAUUCUCAACUCUCAAGACGAAUGAGUAGUGAAACAUUGAGUGGAUCCAAAGAUUUAAGUCUCAACGAAGCUUCUUGCGUUUAUUCCGCCUUUACAAUUCCUCAAAUUGUCAAAACAACAUCAAAAUUAUUACAUCAAGAGUUUAGAACAGAUAAUGGUGAUGAUCAUACCCAAACCACUGGUUGCAUUGACAAUGUUCAAUCUGAGCCACAAUUAAUAACAGCUAAUCAAUCUGUUAAAUUCCAGUUCCAGGCCAGAACUGGUAUUUUGGGGCAAAUUAGUGAUGAUGAUCGUGAUGAUGAUUAUGAUGAUGAUUGUAAGAAAUUGAACAGGUUUCAUGAAGGGAAUAUGGGUGGGUCUAUGGUUUCAUCAUUAGUCAGCGAGGCUGUACUGUCCUCUUACGGGUCAAAUCAAGAGGUUCAGCAUGCGCAGUUUCCGAGGAAAACGCUUUCACCAAUUUUCCAGAAUCCAAUUUCGGAUACUACUAGUAUUAUUGAGGAACAAAAGUCAUUGGAAAAGAGGCUAUCUGAACAAGCCAGACAAAGUGAAGAAGAUGGACGUUGGCUUGCUAGGGAAGAAAAACGGUUAUCCAUAGCGACUAGCGGUGAUGAGAGCGCUAGCCCUCCAAUACCACGUUCAAUUACGGAAUCUCCAACUCAAGAUGCCCACAGCACGAAUACAUCCUCUCUUGGCUCGGAGAAGGGGGAUAAUAAAAUAAUAAUAGUAAAAAAACUAGAACCCACUCCAACAGCAGACUUGGAUAGAUCUAACGACAAGGUUUAUGAUUGCACAACAAAUGUUGUACGAGCAGUUAUGUUUCUAUCUCAAGGUGUGCAACAGAACAAAGCCGAGCAAUAUCUGGAACUUGUUCGAAAAGUUGGAAUUGAGCUUCGAUCUCUGCUAUCGUCAGUUGAUGUAUUGAUCAACAUAUUGCCAAUGAAUGCACACAGAGAAGUUGAGAUGGCUCACAAAGUUCUAUCCAAAGAUAUGGCUGAUUUAGUGUCUGCAAUGAAAUUGGCCCAAACGUAUAGUUCUACAACACUAGAUGCUGAAUACCGUCGGGGAAUGCUUGCCGCUGCUCAUGUCCUGGCGAUGGAUGCGAAGAAUUUGCUUGAUGUUAUCGAUUCGAUAAGAGUUCGUUAUCCCCACAUUGAUAGCCAAAUUUGUGACAAAUAUCUUAACAAUACUGAGUGUGGAUUAUCUCGUCAAUCUCUGCCAGAGAAUAAAUUACAUUCCAGCCAUUCUGGAGGAGAGCAUUCAUUAAGGAGAAGUCAAUCAAUCGAGAGAUCAAAUGUUCUGUUCAAUGAGAGCCAGAGUGGAGAUGUUUUUCAUAGACUGGGACAGUCUAUAGAUAGAACGCUUCCUUACAGUCCAUCUGACAUUGGUACAACAUCCAAUUUAAGCCUUGAAAGAAAUCAUAGAAUGCUGACAAACAGUCUUGAGAGAAAUACCAAUUCUAGAAGGCAACUGGUCACAACAAAUAGCUUGGAAAGAAAGAAACCAAUCAUUACCAGUUCCAGUUCUUUCCAAAACUCUGUUAGUAGUUUAUCACCUUUGCAAAUGGCUCAAUCUGUUACCCAUCAAACGUUGGAUCCUCAUCAGUCGGUAAGAGAUGAAGAAUUAAGAGGUGAACAAGUGGCUGACAGCUAACUGAAAUUUUCAAAAGCGCAUUCAUUAUCAAUUAUAAAAGAACGGAGCAAAAGUCGGGAGAACGAAAUGAUGAGCACGAUGGCUACACAAAAGUAUUCCUUCCUUAAUGAAGUUGAAAAAGGUUGAUGGAUUUGAUGAAAAAAAGAAAAAUGUUAUUGAUAAAUAUAUAAUGACUUCCGCCGCAUGAUUUAAAAAUUUUCAAGUGUGCUGCAUUUUUUCCAUUCAUUCAUUAUAUUCUUAAAUUUCUCAAUGACAAAUCCGAAUGCUCCAAUGAGACAAGCGAAACUCAUCAUCCUAAUUGAAAAUUAUUCUAUGGAUAUUGAGUUGUUUCAAAGCGUACUUAUAAAUAAUGAGAAACAGUAUUGAAUAGUUAUUAAUGAAUGAAAAAAUGAUUGAAUCUAAUCCCCAAAGUCUCAGGAUAAUUGCUAUUUCAAUGUAAUAUUACAGUUUUUCUAGGGAAAUAAUAAUGAUAUUUUGGUGAAGUUCAUGAAGUGAUAUUUUCAUCAUCAUGGCAUUUUUAAAUACCACCAUUGAUUAGUGUUUUAUUUCAAACAUACGCAUCGAAGACGUAAAAUUUUUGCGAUUGAUUCUUGAGAGAAGAAAGUCUCUAGAAACCUGUGUAUGUUUACGUUUUUUUUUCUUCAAAAAUCUCUGUUUUAAAAAGAUGAAAAAAAAAAAAAAAUUUAAUACACAGAUAUACACAUGGAAAGGAGACAAAUCAUGUCCAUUCAAUUUGUGUCAGAAAAAGGUACUUUAAAUAGUGUUAUAUACAACCACUGCCGAAUUGUAAGAGUGAAAAAAUAAUGUCAUUUGCAUAUUCUUUUCAACAUGUCCUUUUUGUAUUGAAAAUAUUAGAAUAAAUUCAGACCUAUAACCAGAUUUUUCGGAAAUGAUAAAAACGUAUUGAAAUUUUUUUUAUGGACCAUUUUGACCGAUAAACGACUAGUAGAUGAAUUGAGUGAUGCUGAUGAAUUUUUUUAUUAUUAAUCUUAUCCUUUAAUGCAAUGUAAUGAAGUUAUCCAACAAAUUGCUCUGUGAAAAAGCAGAAAGAAUCAUCAAUUAUCCAUAGGACAAACUCUUACGUAAUUUACUCGAGCCCUUGCCAACACGAAUUUUACUAUACAAUGUAAUUAUAAGAUUGAAUGAUACUGCCAAAAGGGAAUGCUAUUACUGUUGGUUACAUUUCGUAUCAUUCAAUGAUAAUAGAAAAAAUUACCUUCAAUAUUCUUGUUUUCAGUUGCUGUUGUGGAAUUCUAUAAGUUACUAAUUUAACCCAAAAUACUCAACGCGUAGUGAUAAAUCAUUAUAGAUUUAACUAAAAAUAUAGUGGGAGUAACAAUUCAAGUGUAUUUUUUUUUAAAGAUAUGGUGUAAAUAAAAUAUUUGAAUUUCUUUUUGAA